CUGCCCGCCGGUGCCACCGCGGCGGGCGGUGCCUCUCCGCGCCGGCCUGGGGUGCCCCCCGCAGAGCCGCCCGCCUCCUCUCCUCCAUCGCCCCGGCCUCCGCCCGCCCUCGCUGAGGCCUUCUCCACCCCGGAGCCGGCCGGGCUCCUCCCGCGGGCAUGAACGGCUAUGGCUCCCCGUACCUCUACAUGGGCGGCCCGGUGUCGCAGCCGCCGCGGGCUCCGCUGCAGCGGACGCCGAAGUGCGCCCGGUGCCGCAACCACGGCGUGCUGUCCUGGCUGAAGGGCCACAAGCGCUAUUGCCGCUUCAAGGACUGCACCUGCGAGAAGUGCAUCCUCAUCAUCGAGCGGCAGCGGGUGAUGGCCGCGCAGGUGGCACUCCGCCGGCAGCAGGCCAACGAAAGCCUGGAGAGCCUCCUCCCGGACUCCCUGCGCUCCCUCCCCGGGCCGCCCGGCAGCACCGAGCCCCCCACGCCGCCGCCGGGGCCGUCGCCCUGCGCCGCGCCGCCGCGGAGCGCCGCCGAGCUGGCCGCCGCCGCCGCCCUUCGCUGGGCCGCCGAGCCGCCCCCCGCGCUCCCGGGGCCGCUCCCCAAGGCAGACGUGAAUGAGGAGCGGUUGGGUGAUGCCAGUGGAGCAGACAAUGCCGAGACCUACAGUGACAAAGACACAGACCAAAGGAGUUCCCCAGACAUGACUAAAGCCAAAAGUUGUUUCAACCCUGAAAGCCCUGAAAUUGUUUCAGUGGAUGAGGUCGGUUUUGCAGUUCAGAAAAAUGCUGGGAGCACAGAGAACCGUCCAGAGAGCCCCAAGUACCACCCAGAGCAGAACCACCUCCUGAUAGAAGGUCCUUCUGGGACAGUUUCUUUACCAUUCAGUUUGAAAGCAAACAGACCCCCGCUUGAAGUCUUGAAAAAGAUUUUCCCUAACCAAAAGCCAGCUGUGCUAGAGUUGAUCCUGAAGGGGUGUGGCGGUGACCUGGUGAGUGCUGUAGAGGUUCUCCUAUCCAGUCGGUCGUCAGUGGCCAGUGGAGAGAGAACUUCUGCAGAAUCGGAUGGUCUUGUUUUGCCUUCCAAUGGGCAUAUUUUUGAACACACAUUGAGUUCCUAUCCUAUUUCAUCUUCCAAGUGGUCUGUGGGCUCGGCAUUUAGGGUUCCCGACACUCUGAGGUUCUCUGCUGAUUCCAGUAAUGUUGUGCCAAAUCCUCUAGCCGUACCUUUGCAGCACCCGUUUCCUCAGCCACCACGCUACCCGCUGAUGCUGAGGAACACUUUGGCGCGAAACCAGUCCAGCCCAUUCCUGCCCAACGACGUCACCCUGUGGAACACCAUGACAUUGCAGCAGCAGUACCAGCUGCGGUCCCAGUAUGUCAGUCCUUUCUCUGGCAACUCAGCCGCUGUUUUCCGAAGCUCGCCUGUCCUUCCUUCCCGCUCGUCAGAAGAUCCUAGGAUUUCAAUUCCUGAUGAUGGUUGCCCAAUUGUGUCUAAGCAACCAAUUUACACAGAAGAUGAGUAUGAGGACAGGUCUGAUUCUUCAGACUCAAGAAUACUCAACACAUCUUCUUAGACUGACAUUUGACAUGUGACAGCUAAGCGAUACUCACAGUGCAGCUGAACUACUGGCCCCUAAGAGGAGGGACAUGUACUCUACAAAACUCUUGCAAUUGUAUUUAAAAGUUGCUUGGUAUUGUACUAUAGCAAUAAAGACAUAACUUAUUUAAUUUCUUGCACUUCACUGGAUAAUGCCAAAUAGCAAUACUCUGGCUUUAGUGCUGAGUGUGUGUUGCAAAGGAAGACUUUAUGGCUACCAGUUAUGGGACUCUAGAAGACUCAUAAUGGAAACAGAAGCCCAAGGUCUACUUUGUUCCUUAACUCAGAAAAAUGGGGAUGUUAAACUAGAAUACUUGAAUGCUGUUUUAUAAUUGAGAACUCCUCAGGACAUAAGAAAUCAAGCAAACAUAGUUCAAUUGCAAAUAGACUAAAACAAGGACGUUAUAAUCUUAUGCCAGUGAUCAUCCUUGCAGUGAAAGAAAAGGCAGAAGAAAGAAAUACACACAUGUAACUAACAUGAGCUGCUUCUGUGCUGCUUGAGCUUGGACACUUUUCAGAGAAAUAUUAUUAAGAGUUAUUCUUUUCCCAUGGCUAGGUCAAAAUGUGUAAUGUCAGUGUAAAACCAAUUACAGCUGUGAAUUGCAUGAAGUGUAUUGUGAAAUGAACACCAGAUUAAGCAUUGUCAGGUUAAUGUAGCAUGCUAAGGACUCUAGAAAAAUAAACUAAGAUGACAAUCUUGGUUUAUGUCAUUUAUACUGGGCAAAUAACAUUCUGAAGAUAGAGAGCCGGGGUUAAAAUGUCCAGCUCCAGCAGCUGCAGUCAGGGGAAACCUCUUUUUCCAAGUCUGGGUUUUGCUUCUGUGACUUGUAAUUUACAACUGAGAUUAGGCAAAAGCUGUCAUCAGGGAAGCUGAGGUCUCUUGUAUUUGUACUGCAGAUAUUUCCAAGCUCAGCUGCAUAAAGCAGAGCUUGCUACAAUCACAGCAGAAAACAAAAGGCUCUCCCAAUGCUUCAGAAGUGUCUUUUUUUCCUCUUCUGUAGAAGUAGAAAACCAAAAAAAAAAAACCCAAACGGGAAUAGGAUGUAAUAGUGGGCAUUUCUUUAAAAUAAUUUUUAGCCAAAUGGCAGCUCCCCUUUUCCCCUAGAAAAGUAAUGGUUGGAACAAUUUAUUGCAUGAUUGCAUGCACUGAUUACACUGCAUAUCUUAUGUGUGUCUGAGUAACAUUAGGAAUUGCUUCUGAUGAGGAAUGCCUCUAAGUUUAAUGUCCACUUAGAAGUUUGUUAAGCUCUUAGUGUAAUUUUUUUCAACUGUUCACAAGUGACUACGUAUGCUUAACAAUUGACUUUUUACAAAACACACCUCUGAAUGCAGAUGAAAUGUCUCUGUUGUCUUUCAGGUCUGGGGAUUAGUCCCACACCUCAAAAGAAAGGUGAGGCCACCCUGAAGUUG